CCUGCCGGUGAUUGGCGAGAUUUGAACAAAUACUUGUGUUCCCGAGCCGGAGGGAAAGUUUGAAUCGAGAUUGAGUGAAGAGGCUUGAGGACGAGCAGGAGACUGGAAGAGAAACAACGCCGCCUUCGCCAUGAUCAAACCACCGAGGGGUAAAACACCCCGAAGACCUGCCCUAAAGAAACCAUCCAAUAACAGUAACCUUAAAGAUCCAGUUGGUGUGUACUGCCGGGUCCGCCCGCUUGGUUCAGAGGACCAGGAAUGCUGUAUUGAGGUGAUCAGUGAAACAACAAUACAACUGCACCCUCCAGAAGGGAGCAAAGUUAACAGGAAUGGAGAGUUCAAAGAGACGCAGUAUUCCUUCAAGAAUGUGUUUGGUCUGAACAUAUCUCAGCUUGAACUGUUUGACAACGUGGCAAAGCCACUUGUUGAUGAUGUCAUUCAUUGUAAAAAUGGUUUGCUUUUCACGUAUGGUGUGACAGGCAGCGGGAAAACUCAUACAAUGACUGGCUCUCCUGGGGAAGGGGGUCUUCUUCCCCGCUCUCUGGAUAUGAUUUUCAAUAGUAUAGGUCCUUAUCAGGCAAAGCGAUACGUUUUCAAGCCAGAUGACAAAAAUGGCAUGGAGAUUCAGACCUCCGUUGAUGCUUUGUUAGAAAGGCAAAAAAGAGAGAGCCAAACAUCUGCACCGAAGACUCCUUCUAGGCAAAGGCCAGAUCCAGAGUUUGCUGACAUGAUCAAUGUAGAAGAUACUUGCAAGGCAGAGGGUAUCGAUGAAGACAGUGUCUACAGUGUUUUUGUUUCAUACAUAGAAAUCUAUAAUAAUUACAUCUAUGAUCUCCUAGAGGAAGUCCCAUAUGAUCCAAUAAGGCCAAAGUAAGUACUAUAAGAUUAUUCAGCUUGCUUUAAAAAUGUGAGUAACUAACUUCAUUUAACUUAGAGGGGAUGUGCGAGUGUCUUUCAUGUACACUGUGAGUGACCUUGUUAAAACAUUCCAGUUAUUUACACAAGUAUCUACCAGGGUGUUUUCAGUUAUGGAUAUGUGUCAGUGGCACUGGCACUGGAACCGUUUUUAAAGUGGGGGUGCUGAAAGCCAUUU